AUGGUUGUGGCCUCAAAUGGGUACAUUCUAAGCGUUCUGGGGCUGUACGUGUCAGAUUACUACAACAAUGGUGCCAGCAUGUUUUUACAGAAUGCUGAAGACAAUCAAGCAGAUAUCCCUGUAAUCGGUAAAAUACACUCUGGGCUCAAUCAAAGCAAAGGUAUUCUGUUCGACAGAGAUCAUGACCUUGAUGACAUUCCGGAACAGGAAAUCCAAUGUGAAUUGGAAUCUCAAGGUGUGGUCUCUGUUAAACGGUUCACGAAAAAGCGUAACGACAACAUCGAACCGAUGAACACUUACCUGUUGACUUUCUGUACACCUACACUUCCAACAAACAUUAAAGUCGGCCUGUACAUCAUGAAAAUUGAAACGUUCGUUCCAAAUCCACUGCGCUGUUUUAAGUGUCAGAGAUUUGGACACGGGCAAUCAAACUGCAAAAGUGCUGAUGCAUGCUUCAGGUGUGGUGAGGAGAGGCAUGAUGGCAGAGGCUGUCAAAAAGACCCUAAAUGUAAGAACUGCAAGGGAGACCACAUGGCUUCUUCAAAACAAUGCCCUGUAUGGCAAAAAGAAAAGGGAAUUCAAAAAGUUAAAGCAGAAAAAAGAAUUCCGUAUCCAGAAGCGAAAAAAAUGGUCAAUAUGUAUAGCGUACCUAAGCCUAAUCUGCCCUCAUAUUCAACAGUUUUAAAAGCAUCCUCAAAGAAGGAUAUGUCUACUCAGGUAUGUGGGAAUGAUAUUCCUCAACAGACCACAACAUCUAAGGUUUCUCUGUCAUCUAAUGACAAAUUUAAAUCCACUACAACACCUGCUUCUGCAGGCCCUGCAGCUGCGGCUGCGCCAAAAUCUGCAGCUAUGGCUACACCAAAGCCCGCAGCUGCGGGUUCAUCAAAAUCGUCUGGGAGACGAAACAAAUCUCCCUCUAAAAAUGUACAAAAGCAGACGAGCGAUCGGUUGCCCAAAGGGGCACAAGAUCCCGUCGCUCUUCAUAAUAAAUUUGGGGUCUUCGAGGAAAUGGACGUAACACCAUGCCAUUCUUCCUCGCAAGUCCGAAGUACAUCACCUAAUAAAAAUAAAGGGAGGAUAUCCCCCAUUACACAUAGCAAAUAA